GCCGGUAAUUCACAAAAGUGGUUGAGGUCACGCACCAGAGUAGAAGUUUACGAGAGCUUUUCGUUUUAAACAGCCUUGAUCAGAGGGUUUCGUAGCGAGCACUGGCUUCUUAUCAGUGUGUUCAAAAGGAAAGCAUACAGUGUAGACUGUAUUACGAUUAUUCCAUUGGAUAUAUUUUUAUAGGGCUUAGGCAGACACAAGUAAAAAACUCAAAUUUGGAUCACUUCAUUUGCAUACUUAUCAGACAAUAAAACUCAUUGUUUUAUCUAUUCAUAGAUUAGUUGAUUGAGUCUGUGUUUUGUACCUGCCCCAUAUCUAAAGACAUAAAGAUUUUGUGAAGAGUAUAAAGUAUUGUCUGACCACUAGUUUCUUUCAUAUUGCAGGACCUGAGUUCACAUCUUAGUCUAGCCAAUUGUCAGUUCAUCACACCACCAUGAAUCUCUAUUCCAAGUACUUGGAGAUUGCUCCUUCAUUUCUUUAUGGUCUGUUAUGCUUCUCUGCCAUCUUAGUGUGGACGUUGUUCGCGAUUCUGACUCUACCCUUGUGGUUUCUGUUCAGAAUGUUUAAAUGGUUCCAAGGAGUCAUCAUUUCCUAUUAUAAACUGGGAAGAAUUCUGGCAAGUAGUGAUGUACCAUUCGUACAUGAGACUGAGAAUAAUCGUAACUAUAUCAAUGGCUUGUUUGUGAUGGAGGGGGAAAUUGACUUGGAUGAGCUUCGCAAACUCAUCAUCUCCCGUGUGGUCCAAAACAGUGAGGAACCUAGCUACGUUCGCAUGCGUAAACGCGUCGUCAAACAAUACUGGCGCUAUGUUUGGGUAGAUGAACAGGAUUUUGACAUUAAGAAGCACGUGUUUAAAUACGAUGGUAAUGCUCCACGUAGUGAAGAUGAACUACAGCAAACGUUAAGUGAACAGUUCUCAUCAGCGAUGAGUGACGAUAUCUCACCUUGGGAGAUUAUAGUGACGCCUAUGGACAUGCCAGGAAAGGAUCAAACAGCCAUUUGUAUGAGAAUUCACCAUACUAUAGGAGAUGCCUUCGCCUUGAUUGGCCUUUUUAGCAGGCUGAUGGAUAAGAAGCCAGAACUGCUGCGCGUCAAAAAACCUGUGGCUACCCCUUGUGACAAACAGAAACAGGUAAGCUUGAAGUCAAACUGGAGGGCACCUUGGGUGGGGCAUGAGUUAUCAUCUGUGCUUGGUUGUGUGAAACAUGUACAUGUAGGGGCAUGCUCUACCGGCACCAUCAUGAAAUUUUCUAAAAAGUGAAGUCCCACCAUGUAACCACCAGUACCAGUACCAAACACCAGAAAGGUUGAAUCAUAUUUAAGAAAAUAUGCAACUUGCAGCCAUUGUGAGAUACCCUUUAAACUUUCCAGAAAGAAAAAGGAGAGGAAAUGCCUGAGAAGUCCAUCCAGUGUUUUACACGGUAAAGACAUCCACGGUUCUCUUGUUGAACAGUAAUAUUAUUUUUGUAACCUAUUUUUUUUUUCUUUAUAGUGUUGGAAGGCUAUUUUAUCAGCUCCAUUGGCUCUUUUGAGUGUAGCGCUAUCCACUGCAGACAAUCCCUUUCCCACCAAAAAGUUGUCAGGUGAAAAGCGAUUCAGCUGGACAAAACCAAUUGACCUUGAGCUUGUUAAGGAAAUCAAGACUAAAACAGGUAAUAACAAGGAAAAUAUUAAUCUUUCUCCAAGGAGCUUUCAAGUGUCACUAUUAUAAUCAAACUAAUCAUUAAUCAAUUGAUUUAUUAAUCAUAUAAAUCACUCCCAUUAUUUCACUAAAAACCAUCCCCUUUGUGCUGAGGGUGUUGCGUCAGCUGUUCAUUACAAACACUUGCUUAUGUCCUCUCCCCAGGCACGACUGUGAACGACGUCCUAUCCACAUGCUUGGCUGGGUCAUUACGCCGUUACCUUAGCUCUGAGGGAAUUAAGGAAAAUCCUACGGAUAUCCAGAUCGCCGUCACUAUCAACACUCGCCCUCUCAAGGUCUUGUCAAAAGAAAACAUCCCCCUGGAAAAUCAUUCGACUGGCUUGCUGUAUAGCCUUCCUGUGAGCAUGGUGGAUCCAUUGAAACGUCUCAUGGAAACCAAGCGAAGAAUGGACAACUUAAAAUCCUCUUCGGACUGGCGUAUCUUUGGGUUUAUUUAUUCACACAUAGUUGGUCGCUUGCCUGAGUCCAUUGGUCGGUUUUCAUCCUUCUCACUCAAAAGACACUGCUCUCUGAUCCUUAGCAAUGUUCCUGGGCCCCUGACACCAUUUGAAAUCAAUGGCAAAGAAGUAGUUACUGCAAUAGCGUGGCCCCCAUUAAUCAGUGAUACUGGAGUGGCUAUUGCAGUGUUUAGCUAUGCGGGUGCUUUGCGCAUGAGUGUUUUGUGCGACAAAGCUGUGCUUUCAAACCCGGCUAAGCUGACAGAAAAAUUUGUGGAGGAGUUUGAUGAGAUUUACAAGUGCGUGAAAAAUGGGCCUGUAUUAGCGACUGCCGAGUCUGCUGCCAAAAGGAAGUACUUUUAGCCAGUGAAGAACUAUUAUACACUUGUAGUGAGUUUAUCAAUAGUUUUACUUAAAGCUUCUGUCCCUGGAUUUUCUUAACAACAACCUUCUGUUUAUUAUGCAACAAUUCUUGAGACAUUAGGUGGCUAAUUAGAAUGCUUUAUGGGACAUUAGAGUGCUGAGCUUAAAAUGGCUCUGAAAUCCAGGUUGUGGUCUUUAAUUAGCAAGGGCAUUAUUAGUUUGGAGUACGUAGAUAAACUUAGAUUUUUAGUUUAGAUCGUAGUUUAAUGUUUGUUUGUCAUUUGUUUAGUGUGAAGAGGUGCACAUCUGAGCUUUGUCCUCUCAAGCAUAUCACUGUCAUUAUUCAUUAAUAAUAUUGUUGUCCAUCACAGAAUGACUUUCAAGAAAUGUACAGAUGUAUGCUAUCCUUAGUGAAACCUUGUACAUAUAUCUACCUUGAAUAAGUAAUAAUUAUGGGUAUGCCCUGCCUGAUGCCCAAAGAUUUGCUUUGUAGACUUGACAACAGAGCGAUGAGGCAGACUGGUCCUUUAUCCUUUAAAGUGAUGAACAUCAAUUUUCUCCCAAUAUCAGUUCAUAAUCAAGAGAGUGUUGUGUGAGAAUUAAUGAAAAUGAUCACAGAAGGGAAAAUGUUUAAUUCUCUUAUCCCUUUCUUGAAUUUAUAUGUGGAUAUUGGGGCUUUAAGUGUUAAUCAAGUAAAUACUGUAUGUUGAUUAGUUAUGCUACUGUAGGAUACUUGAUCCCUUGCUUACACAGCUUCAUCUGAAAAGCAACUCUUACUUUUUUUUGUUCUUGUGUGGUAAGUGCAGUAGCAUGUGUUUACCAUGUGUUGAAUCAAUGAAUGUAGCCUGUGUUGAAGCCAGCCCAUGUAUUGUUAGAACCACUGGUAUAUACAGGAGGUAUAGAGAGUCUGCGAUGCAGGCUGCAAUGAAUGUUAAAUAGCAAAAAUGACCCAUUUUUGACAUUUGAAGAGCAGGCCUCUUUUGUGCUUGAGCUCUUGACCAACCCUGAAGGUAUGGUUCAAGUGAGAACUUUAAAGCAAAUUGUGCCCUGGUGAAAAAUAUGCAACUAAACGAUAGAAAAAUACCUUUUGGAGUUUGGACAGUAACCAAAACCCAAAGAAAACCAUGCAGGCAUGGAAAUAGAGACGGCUCACCAGUAAGUGGUCGCGAUAAAUGUCUCAGGUUGGCCUGAGUCUUGCGGAAAAGAAAGGAGCUUGCAUGAUUUAAAGAUAAUUCUGUGUGUGGUAAUCAGAAGAUGAAUAUAGUAAUCCAGCCAAAUCUGAUUAUUCUUUUUCUUAAUAUGUAACAAAUUGAGGAUGGCAAAAAGGAAAGUUCUCAGGAAUUUUUAAAGAUAUAAAUUAGUACCAAAUGUAUUUAAUUUAUUAUAUUAUGUUAUUUUGACACCAUAAUUAUUGUGAUCGCAUGUUUAUUUAUUUACUUUAGAAAUGGCAAAUGUUUGACAAAUGAAUUUUUCAAGGGAUGUGGAAAAGAAAUUCAGUUUACCUUAUCUACAGAAAAUAUUAUUUAUAUUAUGACCAUUAUGGCAUUUUGGGCAUCGAAGCGUCCGUCAAAGAAAGUCAGUUUUUCCUCUACCUACAGUAUAACAAUGAUGGAUGGAAAUGAGGAGGUAAAACUGUGAUUAGCCUGUGUAGCUGGUGGGAACGUUCAGUCGAGGAAAGUUUUGGAAGAAAAUGCUGCAAUUAGACGUCGGAGAAUGGGGAAGAGAUUUCACCAAAACUCUCACACACAAAAACAAUUCUGCCAGCUAGGCAGGCUAGUUUAUGAUUUCUUAACCACAUCUUCAACAAAAUAUUAUUGUUGUAUAUGACUGGCUGCUAGCUGUAGCCUUGAUUAAAGUCAUUUAGAGCAUUACACAAUGUAUAUUAGUACACUUGGAGUCCAAGUUAUUUGAAAGUACAUAUCAUUACAUGCCUUGAUGCGACUUCACACUGAUUUGGACUCCAAUAAGUUUCUUGGUUUUAUUUUUUGUAGUGCUUGUCAUGGUAGUUAAGCAGGAUUGAAUACUUAAUAGUGUCUGAUUGAGUGUCUUAACACUUUUUUUGAUAAUUACUUUGGAAUAGGGAUAUUGAGAGUUCGUAGAGUCUUUGUGGGGUCCAGAUCAUACUCACAAUUACUAAAGUGACUGAAUUCCUUACAAUUAUUGCUUGUAUGAUUGAGGAACAAGAGCAUAAGAUCCAAGCACUGCACAUUCCAGAGUUACACCCUUUUGUUGUUGUUUGUCAGAUACACCUAAGUGGACUUAUGUCACAAAGGUACUGUUUCUUCCCUGAUCAUAUUCAAGCUUGUCACAGUAUCCAAGGCAGGUUCCUUUGACACUGAACCGUUACUAAGUGACAGCAGAAUUACAUUGGUGAAGGAAUUAUAGUGAAGCUUGUAUCUGACUUAAUGUCAUCUUAUCAGACUGCUUUGUCAGUUGGUAUCAAAACCUCCUUGAGUCUUGUUGAUCAUGACCUAAGGAGCUGGGAAAUUAAUGUGAAUAAGGGGUAAGGGGUAAGUAGUGCCCAUCUUGUUUAAUGACUUUGCAGUCGGAAUAAGAGAAAAGAUAAAAGAUAAUCAACUCUGUCACUAUCCGUUAACAUGCCCUCUCAAGGGAUAGUAGUAGUGUUACACGUGUAAGGCAAGUUACUAUUUAUAAUAUUAUAUCUACCGUGACAACUGAUGGUGCUUGUAAAUGUUAAACUUGUUAAUUAAUAAAGGUGA